CAUUGCCUGGCUGGAGGGUUGCUGAGAACAACCUGGAGGAGCGUUCAUUCAGCAUAAUACAAACCUUCCUAUCAUUCCCUUUGGAGAAGGAUAAGGUGAUUAAUUAAGAGAAAAAGCCAUGGAGAAUAUAAAUAAUGAGAGAAAGGAGAGCCUCUUUCUUCAGAACAAGAACAACUGCAAAACUCACAGAUUACAAUGUGAUGAUUACUAAUUGUCCCUGAGCAACAGCAACGACCAGACAACAUUCUGGAGGCUAAAACUCUCCAGAAUAAAUGGUGAUGAAAAAUCAAACAGCAGCGAGUGAAUUCAUUCUCCUAGGACUUUCCACUUCUCCACAUCUCCAGAUUUUCCUUUUCCUGGUGUUUUUUGUUAUUUAUAUUAUCACCCUGCUAGGAAAUGCAGUGAUAAUAUUGGUGGUACAUAAUGACCCACACCUCCAUACCCCCAUGUACUUUUUCCUGGGUAACUUAUCUUUUAUUGACAUUUGUUAUUCUUCAGUCAUUGUCCCAAAUAUGCUUCAUACCUUCUUAGUGGAGAGAAAAAUCAUUUCACUUAGUGGCUGCAUCACCCAAAUAUUUUUCUUCCUGUUUUUUGCUACAGUUGAGGGGUUAGUUCUUACAGCGAUGGCUUAUGAUCGGUAUGUGGCCAUAUGCCAUCCUUUGCAUUACACUGCAAUUAUGAAGCGUUGGGUUCACAUCCAGCUGGCAUGUGGUGCAUGGGUAACUGCAUUUUUCUAUUCCUUGAUGAAUACCCUACUAAUAACUGAUCUGCAUUUCUGUAAACCCAGUCUAAUUAAUCACUUCAGCUGUGAGCCCCCACAACUGUUCAAGAUCUCAUGUAGUGACCCCUUUACCAACCAGCUUGUGAUUUUCACCAUUGGUGCAACAUUAUGGGGGACAGCUUUUCUCAUCACACUGAGUUCAUAUGUGCUUAUAAUUUCUGUUGUCUUGAGACUCCAUUCAGUGGAAGGAAAACGCAAAGCUUUCUCUACUUGCUCUUCCCAUUUGAUUGUGAUUUUUAUGUACUAUGUACCAAUUUUAUUUAGGUACCUAAAACCCACCCCACACACCUCACAGGAUCAGGAGAAAUUAAUUUCAGUGGUUUAUCUCAUUAUCACACCUAUGUUGAAUCCUAUAAUAUAUAGUCUAAGAAAUCAAGAAGUGAAAAAGGCCCUGGGAAAUUUCUUCAGAAGAACAGGAUAA